AGAAAACCGUGAAUCGGCAGAGCACUCUACAGUAGUUAGAAAAUAUUAGGUUGUACUUCCUCUCUUUUGGCUUCGUGGAGAAAAUGGCCGCAUUUAAAUCAGCUGUGCUUUGUACUGUAUUGGCACUAAUAUUUUGCUUCACGUCGUGGAAGUUCUCGAUCUUAGGUAUCAAAGGUGCCUUGCUAUUGGCUGGUCGUGGACUGUUCUUCCUGGGUCUGCUGACUUGGCUAGGAACUAGUUUGUAUCCAAGGCUGAAAUCGUUCUUGCGUACAAACAUCCCUGCGCCGACAGAGUGUCAAAGGGAUAAUGAGGAGGAGAAACUGAAACAAGAGCUGGCAUGGAGAGAGCAACAGGAACGCCACAAUGCCAAGUCCUCAUCUUAUCAAGAGCUUGUGCUGAGGCCACGUCAGGAGGCAUUACUCCGACAGAAGGAGGAACGCUUUUAUCGAAUGACUGGGGAGACCUGGAAGCUCAGUCCAGGCUAUUCAGUUGGGGAAGGGGAGACUGAGCUGCAUAUACAAGAGGAUACGAAUGAGACUCCCAACCAGAGGGCCAUAAAGAGACGUAAGCUUCCGGUGCGAACAAGUCGGGCUCCUGAGCCAGUUCACAUUUGUCCUGAAAAGAGGGUCAUAGUUUUACCUGAUGAGCCCUCAGAUGAUACUGAGGGGGUUGUAAAAGUAGCACUACGAUGCCCAAGUGGAAGGACAGUCUACAGGAGAUUCCUUAAAUCCCAUAGCUCUUUUGUCCUUCUGGAUUUUUUACUCAAGACCGGAUACCAUCCCACAAUCUACACAUUAUGCACCUCCUACCCACGGAGGCCUCUUCUCACAGGAGCAGAACUGAGUUUGGAGGACGUGGGCAUUGUUAGAGAUACGGUUCUGAAUAUAGAGGAAAAAGACCCCUCUACAACCUGAGGCAUUAAAUGGGACAU